AUGCCCUCUCCUCAGUUGGUGGAUGAUCUUCCUGGAGAUAGCUGGCAGACGCUGGCUGCUAUCUCCGUGCCACUGCAUACUCAGGACCCGGGACAGCUCCAUGAGCUUCCCCUGAACACACUUUCCGGCCCCUCUUUGGCGCCGCCUUGGCUGGAUGACGCGCACGUCCCCAUGCUGCUUGCCCAGCCCAAUAUCGCCUCAAUACUGCCACUGCUGCGGCUUUCCAGCCGCCUCACACGGAAGGUGGUGCCCUACUCUCUGGCAGCCGGGUUCCACCACCUCCUUCAGGUGGACGUAGCUGCAGUUGCAAUCUGUGAAGACCACCACCACCACCACCACCACCACCACCACCACCACCACCACCCUCAUCCAGAAGCUAAGCUAUUUCUGAAUCAAAUGUACCUGUAA